UAGCAGAGCCGCUACAACGCCUUCUCUCUGGCAAUGCGCAUGAUUCUGCGGCUCUGUGCUCGCCACACUACAACGCACCUUGAAAUGGGCUCGCCUUCGUGACGUGACGGACAGACCUCCGAGCCAAUCGUCCGCGAGACUUGUGGGCAGGGACCAAUAGGCGGGAGGCAGGGGCGGUACCGGAGGCCCGGCCUGGCUAGGCUUCACCGUGGCGCUGGCUGCGCUUUGACUGGACUGGUAGUGCAGGUGCUGCUGCGCCGGGGCCGGGGAGGCUGCGCGCCGAGCGGAGCGGAGCCGCGAAGGGAUGGGGAGCGGGCCGCCAGGGCUGCAGCAGCACCCGCGCGGGGCGUAGGCGGGCGCGAGCGGGCGUGAGCAGGAGCUCGGGAGAGAAGUGUGCAGCGCAGGAGCACUUUGCGAUAGGAUGAGGCUCCUGGCUGGCGCGCGGUAGUACUAUGAUUUGGUAUGUGGCCACUUUGAUAGCAAGUGUGAUCAGCACCCGAGGUCUUGUGGCUCAAGCUGCCCACGGCCUGCGAGAGGAGCCCGAGUUUGUGACAGCAAGAGCCGGCGAGAGCGUGGUCCUGAGAUGCGACGUGAUCCACCCCGUGACAGGACAGCCCCCGCCCUAUGUUGUGGAGUGGUUCAAGUUUGGGGUGCCCAUCCCUAUCUUCAUCAAGUUUGGCUACUACCCUCCCCAUGUGGACCCUGAAUAUGCAGGCCGGGCGAGUCUUCACGAUAAAGCAUCGCUGCGGCUGGAGCAGGUUCGCUCUGAGGACCAGGGCUGGUACGAGUGCAAAGUGCUCAUGCUGGAUCAGCAGUAUGAUACCUUUCACAAUGGCAGCUGGGUCCACCUCACCAUCAAUGCUCCUCCCACCUUUACAGAAACACCCCCCCAGUACAUUGAGGCCAAGGAGGGUGGUAGUGUUACCAUGACCUGCACAGCUUUUGGGAACCCUAAGCCGAUUGUCACCUGGCUCAAAGAAGGGACACUCCUAGGUGCUAGUGGGAAAUACCGGGUGAGUGAUGGGAGCCUGACGGUGACAUCCGUCAGUCGGGAAGAUAGAGGCGCCUACACCUGUCGUGCAUACAGCAUCCAGGGGGAGGCUGUUCAUACUACUCAUCUGCUUGUCCAAGGGCCUCCCUUCAUAGUGUCCCCUCCUGAGAACAUCACUGUCAACAUAUCCCAAGAUGCUUUGCUCACCUGCCGUGCGGAGGCGUAUCCCGGCAACCUCACUUACACCUGGUAUUGGCAGGAUGAGAACGUCUACUUUCAGAAUGACCUGAAGCUGAGAGUUCGGAUCCUGAUCGAUGGGACCCUGAUCAUCUUCCGGGUGAAGCCUGAGGAUGCAGGGAAGUACACCUGCGUCCCUAGCAACAGUCUGGGGCGCUCCCCCUCAGCCUCGGCCUACCUGACUGUGCAGUACCCAGCCCGUGUCCUCAACAUGCCCCCUGUAAUCUACGUGCCCGUGGGAAUUCAUGGCUAUAUCCGCUGCCCUGUGGAUGCAGAGCCACCGGCCACUGUGGUCAAGUGGAACAAGGAUGGCCGCCCCCUGCAGGUUGAGAAGAAUCUAGGUUGGACCUUGAUGGAGGAUGGCUCUAUUCGAAUUGAGGAGGCCACAGAGGAGGCUCUCGGCACUUACACCUGUGUGCCUUACAAUACCUUGGGGACCAUGGGCCAGUCUGCCCCUGCGCGGCUUGUCCUGAAGGACCCCCCGUAUUUUACGGUGCUACCAGGCUGGGAGUACAGGCAGGAGGCCGGCCGGGAGCUGCUUAUCCCCUGUGCUGCUGCAGGGGACCCCUUCCCUGUCAUCACAUGGAGAAAGGUAGGGAAGCCCAGCAGAAGCAAGCACAACACCCUGCCCAGCGGGAGUCUCCGGUUUCGAGCCCUGAGCAAGGAGGACCACGGGGAGUGGGAGUGCAUCGCUACCAACGUGGUCACCAGCAUCACUGCCAGCACCCACCUGACUGUCAUCGGCACCAGCCCCCAUGCCCCAGGCAGUGUCCGGGUCCAGGUCUCCAUGACAACUGCCAACGUGUCCUGGGAGCCAGGCUAUGAUGGAGGAUUCGAGCAGACAUUCUCAGUUUGGUACGGACCUCUGAUGAAGCGGGCACAGUUUGGACCCCAUGAUUGGCUGUCUUUGUCAGUGCCACCAGGACCCAGCUGGUUGCUAGUGGAUGCCCUGGAGCCUGAGACAGCAUACCAGUUCAGUGUCCUGGCCCAGAAUAAGCUGGGGACGAGCGCCUUCAGUGAGGUGGUCACUGUGAACACUUUAGCAUUCCCCAUCACAACUCCAGAACCCCUGGUGCUGGUUUCCCCACCACGGUGCCUCACAGCCAAUCGGACCCAGCAGGGUGUGGUCCUGUCUUGGCUCCCACCUGCCAACCACAGCUUUCCCAUUGACCGCUACGUCAUGGAGUUUCGUGUCGGAGAACGCUGGGAGAUGUUAGACGAUGCCAUCCCAGGCACCGAGGGAGACUUCUUUGCCAAGGAUCUGUCACAGGACACCUGGUACGAGUUCCGGGUUUUGGCUGUCAUGCAGGAUCUUAUCAGCGAGCCCAGCAACAUCGCCGGUGUCUCCAGCACAGACAUCUUCCCACAGCCGGACCUGACCGAUGAUGGGUUAGCUCGGCCUGUGUUGGCUGGAAUUGUAGCUACCAUUUGCUUCUUGGCAGCUGCCAUCCUGUUCAGCACCCUGGCCGCCUGCUUUGUCAACAAGCAGCGCAAGCGUAAGCUCAAGCGCAAAAAAGACCCUCCACUCUCCAUCACUCACUGCAGGAAGAGUCUGGAGUCUCCCUUGUCCUCUGGCAAGGUGAGCCCAGAGAGCAUCCGGACACUCCGGGCCCCAUCGGAGUCCUCCGAUGACCAGGGCCAGCCAGCAGCCAAAAGGAUGCUGAGUCCCACCCGGGAGAAGGAGCUGUCCUUGUACAAGAAGACCAAGAGGGCUAUCAGCAGCAAGAAGUACAGCGUGGCCAAGGCCGAGGCUGAGGCCGAGGCCACGACGCCCAUUGAGCUUAUCAGCAGAGGCCCCGAUGGCCGCUUUGUGAUGGGUCCGUCCGAGGUGGAGCCCUCCGUGAAGGGCAGGCGCAUCGAGGGCUUUCCCUUUGCGGAGGAGACAGACAUGUACCCUGAGUUCCGCCAGUCUGACGAGGAGAAUGAGGACCCGCUCGUGCCCACAUCUGUGGCUGCCCUGAAGUCCCAGCUGACCCCUCUGUCAUCCAGCCAGGAGUCCUACCUGCCACCACCAGCAUACAGCCCUCGGUUCCAGCCCCGUGGCCUGGAGGGCCCCGGAGGCCUGGAAGGUCGGCUCCAGGCUACAGGCCAAGCCAGGCCCCCUGCUCCCCGGCCCUUCCACCACAGCCAGUAUUAUGGGUACCUCAGCAGCAGCAGCCCUGGGGAGGUGGAGCCGCCGCCCUUCUACAUGCCAGAAGUGGGCAGCCCCUUGAGCUCUGUCAUGUCCUCUCCACCUCUGCAUACUGAGGGGCCUUUUGGCCACCCCACCAUCCCUGAGGAAAAUGGAGAGAAUGCUUCCAACAGCACGCUGCCCUUGACUCAGACGCCCACAGGCGGGCGCUCCCCUGAGCCCUGGGGCCGGCCAGAAUUCCCCUUUGGGGGACUGGAAACCCCGGGCAUGAUGUUCCCCCACCAGCUGCACCCCUGUGAUGUAUCCGAGAGUCUGCAGCCAAAGGCCUGCCUCCCCCGAGGACUGCCCCCCACCUCCCUCCAGGUGCCCGCGGCCUACCCGGGCAUCCUGUCUCUGGAGGCGCCAAAGGGUUGGGCAGGCAAGUCGCCAGGCAGAGGCCCUGUCCCAGUGCCCACCGCCGCCAAGUGGCAGGACAGACCUAUGCAACCUCUGGUGAGCCAAGGGCAGCUAAGACAUACCAGCCAAGGUAUGGGCAUACCCGUGUUGCCUUACCCCGAGCCAGCCGAGCCGGGGGGGCACGGCAGCCCCAGCACAUUUGGCCUGGACACCCGGUGGUAUGAGCCCCAGCCCCGGCCCCGGCCCAGCCCCCGGCAGGCCAGGCGCGCCGAACCCAGUUUACAUCAAGUGGUGCUACAGCCCUCCCGGCUCUCGCCUCUGACCCAAAGCCCCCUCAGCUCCCGCACUGGCUCCCCUGAGCUGGCUGCCCGGGCCCGGCCUCGCCCUGGCCUCCUGCAGCAGGCUGAGAUGUCAGAGAUCACCCUCCAGCCACCGGCCGCUGUCAGUUUCUCUCGCAAGUCCACACCGUCCACGGGCUCCCCAUCCCAGAGCAGCCGCAGCGGGAGCCCCAGCUACCGGCCCACUGUGGGCUUCACCACUCUGGCCACGGGCUACCCCUCCCCUCCGCCAGGCCCUGCAGGGCCUGGAGACAACCUGGAUGUGUUUGGACAGACGCCUUCUACUCGAAGGAUGGGGGAGGAGCUGCUCAGACCAGAGCCCCCCCCACCACAGUUACCUACUUCAGGCUAUCUGGGCAGUGUUGUCGAGACAAGCCUCUCCUCAGCUCAAUAGGUAAGGGAGCUCCGCGGCUGGGGCGGGGCGGGGGGUGGACAGGCGGACGGGGCUUUGGCAGGGCCAUCGCUUCCUUUACAGGGGAAUCCAGACCAUAUCCCCUUCCCCCCUCUGUGGGGGCAGCAGCCUCUGCUCCUCGAUCCCCACGGCUUCUGGGUUCCCCACAUCAUGCUGCUCUAACAGCCCCACCAGGCCACGCUCGGGCACUACCUAGCUGCAGCUUCUCACCCCAUCCUACAUGUCAAGCCCUCUCCCAAAGCCUCCCUACAGUAUUCCUCACUCAGACACCUCGCCAUCCUGCUGCCGACACACCUAGAGCUCCCACAGAAGCCCUUUGGGACCCUGCAUGCACUCUGAGGGGUCCAGAAUGCCUAAGUUCUGCUUUGCAUCUCUGCACCUGUGGAAACCUUUCUGGGGCCACACUGGUACCCAGGAACACCCCAUCCCCCUCUCUGCCCUGUUUCCCCAGCAGCCUCAGGCAUAGCACCCCCUUCCCCUAAGCCUCAAAGACUGAGACCUUCUUCAGGGUAGCUGGUCCCUCACUGUCUUCUUGGGGGUCUUGCUAAUAGUUGGUCCUCUCAACAGAGCACAGGGUUGGGGCGUGGCCCAGGUUCUUCCCUCAACCCCUGCAUCUCCCGUAGGACCAGAUCGCCUUUGGUUCUGUGAGGGCAAGGGCAGGGAAAUGUCACCACUUCCUAUGCUUCUUGCAUUCUGCAGCCCGUUCUUGGCUGUUAUAAGACUGAGAUGUCUGCCCUCAGGUUCAAAUUGCUCUCGAGGUCCCCAUGGUAGUCACUUCUGACCCCUUUGGGUGACCGCUAUAGGGAGAGAGUCUUGGGAAGAGCUCCACAGGGGAGAGGACAGGCUUCCCAGGGAGAAGGAAGUAGAGUUUGCAAGAGGCAAACAUGGAGAUGCAGGAACUGCACUCCUUCCUCUGCUCUCCACCAUGGCGACACAUCUCCCACCUUCUUCCAGGUGGGGGUCUCAGGCACUGGGCAUUUAGAGGGGUAUCGAGUCUCUUAAAGAGGCUCUUAGGCUCUCUUGCUCUCAUGGUCACUGAGAAGAUGCUUCUUUUUGCCAUGGAUGCCAUCGCGGUGCUUCUGGGAACAUGUAGGCCCCUGGCACUCCGAUGGCAGCAGGAGAGCCUCCUCCUGGUGCCCCUGACUUCCCUUGGCAAGAAACAGCUGCCUCCCUUCGCCACCUGGAGAUGUCCAGGAAGGCUGAUCAUUCCAACGCAGGACUAUACACCUAUAGUCGUAAGAAAAGCAUCCCUUAAUGAGGAUGCCAUGCCAUUGCUUUAUAAUCUGCAGUUACGAAAGUGUAGCAGCCAAGAGGCUGCGGGAUUGUAUGAGGCCAGCUGGGGGCCCCCCUUGGGCUGUUAGCACUGAGAGCAUGGAUGGGUCAGGAAGUCUUGGUGAGCUCACAUGUGCUAGGGGUUUCCUGUGGCCUGCUGGGUGGAUGCUCCGGAGUGACAGUGACAGGACCAUCCUCUAUCUCCCCUGCUGUCCCUCCUUGUAACCCCAGUUAUGAUUUUUUGUCACCCCCAGGGGUGUGACAGCUCCAGGACCAACUCUCACCCCACUCCUGAAAAGUGCCUGGACCCCAUUCUCAUUUGCCACGCCCCCUUACCCUACCGUUUGACCCCUCUCUCCCCAUUGUCCCUACUGCGUCAGAUCCGAGAGAACUCAGCUAUCAUACUCUCACUGUUGUGGCAAACCCAGAAACCAGGGGCCACGAUGAGGGAGCAUUAUUUCUCUGGGCCUGGCCAGCAUCCCCAGCCUAGGAGAAUAAGAUCCCCCCGCAGCCUUGGCGUUAGACCUUGACGGUGCUGGACAGCAGGAGCCACCGCUCGCUCUCCUGCUUGCUGAGGGCCUCCCUGGGCACAGUAGCUGCUGGGGCCAUUGGGAGGCGGCAAGCUCCUCUUCAGACGCUGUCUUCAUGCUGCGCCUUUGCAUGUGUCUCCACUCAGUCUUGCUUGGAGAAGAUGUGACACGUCUUGUCUACGUUCGUUCUCGCUCUGUUCCUAUUGCCUUCAAUUUCUCUCCUGUUCCUUUUCCCCAC